GGCGCCGGGAGCGGCGGAGCGCGGCGGUGGCAGCGGCAGGAUGCGGGAGGCGCGGUUCAGGGACCACUUCUGGAGCACGGAUCUGACAAGCACCGUUGGCUACGACAGCAUCAUCCAACACCUGAACGAUGGCAGGAAGAACUGCAAGGAGUUUGAAGACUUCCUGAAGGAAAGGGCAAUUAUAGAAGAAAAAUAUGGCAAAGAGCUCAUCAACUUGUCGAAGAAGAAGCCCUGUGGGCAGACGGAGCUGAACACACUGAAGAGAUCCCUGGAUGUUUUCAAGCAACAGAUAGACAAUGUGGGACAAGGUCACAUCCAGCUGGCGCAAACCCUUCGGGAGGAAGCAAAGAAGAUGGAGGACUUCAGGGAAAAGCAAAAACUGCAUCGGAAAAAGAUAGAGCUGAUCAUGGAGGCGAUUCACAAAAACAGGAAUGUGCAGUACAAGAAGACCAUGGAGGCCAAGCGUCUGUACGAGCAGCGGUGCCGGGACAAGGACGAGGCGGAACAGGCCGUGCACCGCAACGCAAACCUGGUGACGCAGAAGCAGCAGGAGAAGCUGUUCGUGAAGCUGGCUCAGACAAAAUCAGCUCUGGAGGACUCUGACAGGAGCUACCAGCAGAAUGUGACCAUGCUGGAGAAGGUCCGGGAAGAGUGGCAGAUGGAGCACAUCAAAGCUUGCGAGUUCUUUGAGACUCAGGAGUGUGAUCGGAUCAGCUAUGUCCGUAACGCCCUCUGGCUCCACGUCAACCAGCUCUCCCUGGGCUGCGUCCAGAAUGAUGAGAAAUAUGAGGAAAUCCGCAAGAGUUUAGAAAUGUGCAGCAUUGAGAAGGAUGUUGAUUUUUUUGUAAAUUUGCGCAAGACUGGAAGUUUGGCUCCAGCUCCUGUUGUUUAUGAAAACUACUACAAUACACAGAGAAAUGUGACUCCUGCAAGAAGUCCAGUGCCUGUACCUAUAUCAAGGAGGGGACCUCUGCCCACCCCGACCAGUGCACCAGGGGAGCCUGAUUACGCCACAGUUGAUGGCUACAGCUUGGUACAUUUCUAGCAGUCACAGUUUUCCAGGCAGAAGACACUGUUGGUCUGACCAGCGUGGCACAGGUGGUGUUUCCCAUUAUUCCCAGACACUGAAGUGUCUGAAGUGCUUCUGCUUUUCAAAAACAUAUUUGAGGACUGAUAAUUAUUUGUACAUCCAGAAAGUGCCUACUAAAAAAUCUGUGCCUUUGAUCAGCAAACUUCUUGGAUGGAUAUCCUAUCUUCAAACUCAGAGGAAGAAAAGGACCAGACACAGGGGCGAUUUGUGUCGGAAGAAGUGUUUGAUUUGAAGUUCUUCUAAAGUGCAGCCACUGGGAGCGGCUGGAGCCUCCCACUCUCCAGAUAACUAGCUCAUAUGUGCCAAAGGGAGUGCUGCAUGAUGCUUUGGGCACGCUGGCUUGUGUUCAGGGCACCUGCAUCCCGCUCAGAUGUCAGGUUACUCUUUCGCCUGUCUCUAAAGUUUCUCAUUACUGGGGAUGAAACUUGUAAUUUAGGUUUAAUUUUAUUCUCAUCUUUCGGGGAUCUCACUUAGGGGAGCACCAACAGUUACACCGUGUGUCUGGCUUAGCUGUAGGUGUGCUCCAGGCUUAAGUGCCAACACUGGAAUUUGAUUUGUGUCUUGCCUGGUGCAGCAGUUCACAGCACGGCUGCCCAGUGAGGGGCUGUGCCACCAGAAACCUGCUGGGAGGUUCCACAUCCCAUGGUGUUGUUGAGGAUCAGGAGGACAUUGUUCAGAUCUCCCAAAUGCCUCUCCAAUGAGGGGUUUGUGAGUUUCUAGGUUCAUGGUACAGCUUGUCCCUGGAAGGCUCUGGGGACCAGGUUGGACGGGGCUUGGAGCAACCAGGUCUAGAGGAAAGUGUCUCUGCCCACAGCAAGGGGUUGGAACUAGAUAGUCUUUAAGGUCCUUCCCAACCCAAACCAUUCUACAGUUCUGUGAUUCUAUGAUUUAAUUAGCUUUUGACAAUCUCUAAACUUUGGACUUGUUCUGACCAUGCACCACUGGAAACAAACUUAGCUACUGCUGGAGCCAUGAAACUUGUUUUCUGACCAGAUCUCCUCAAACUUCCUGCCCUUUCUAUUACCAUAUAUAUAUAUAUAUAUGUAUCUUAUGAUUAUGACUUUGAUUCAGAAGCUCACAUGCUUCGGGGCUGCUGAUCUCUCUGAUGUCCCUGUGUGCAGUGCUGCUUGACCACUCCUCAGUGCCUUACGACACUGGACACAGGGACACAGGACAUGGGGAUAAACACACAAUUUACCAGUCUAAACCCGGUGCCAGGUGACUGACCUGGAGCAGCAGGAUUUGCUAUUUGUAUGACGUUUUUCCAGCUGAAUCUGCACGGCUUCAGCGCGUGUCCCAGCCUGUCAGUCCUUGGGGCUUUUUACUGUGUUUUCUUGUGUGGGGAAGAUGACAGUGAGCUCUGACAUCUGCCCUCCUGCAAAGUGCACGUGCCAAGGAAUCAGCUAUCCUGUUUUAUUUCUGAAAGACCAAGGACACAAGUAUUAUUCCGAAGGAGCCUGCUGUAGUCUUAGUUGUUUAAAUACAUAUUUUAAAAAAUAA